AUGAACUUACACAUUUCAAGACUUUUUUUAAUAAUACAUUAUGCCUAUAAGAUAAGUUCCGCAUUCAAGAUAACACAUAAAACAAACAUAUCUUUUUUUAAAAGGUCCCAGAAGGAAAACGCCUUAACAAGAAGCAUUAGAGUUUACAAUAACUUAGAGAAAGUCAACACGGAUAUAAAAAAUUUGGACAUAAUAAAAAAGUGGAAAGACAAUUACCAUUUACGUAUAAUUUUAAAUUCCUACUUUUCUGAUCAUUUGCAAAAGGCUGUUUUAAAUGUCAAGGAGAAAAUUAGCCAGUACCCACAAUUUAUUAUUGCUGGUCCAAUUCCUCAAAAAACGAUUAAAAAGAGAUUUACAUUUUUGAGAUCUCCUCACGUUGACAAAGACAGCAGGGAACAAUUUGAAAUAAAACAGUAUGGCUGUAAAUUGGACAUUUUCUUAAACUCCACCAUUAGCUUGAAGAACAAUGAGUUCACCAAUUUCCUAUCAGUUAAAUUGCCGCGAUUUGUUGGCUUUGAAUACUACUUUGAGGAGAAUUAUAAGGGCUUGAAAAAGGAGGAAAUUAAAAAUUUAAAGAAAAGAAAAUACGUUAGCAAGUACUAUACAAAUUUGCUUAACGCCAAUGAGAAGAAAAAGUAUGUAGAUUUGUUGCUUGAAAAUUCGAAAUAUAUGAAUGUAAGGUUGCCACGAAACUUUUACGAUUUGUAUAAAUUGCCUUUACAUAUAAUACAACAUUACUACAAAAAAACAAUGGAAAAGAAGAAAUGGUAUCACGAGAAUGAAGAAUUAAUGAAAAAAAUCGAAUCCCUUUCCUUCGACUAG